UGGUAUGUUUCCACGCUGCUUGAAUUGUAUUUCCCAUCCAGUAGGUGGCAGGAAAGGCGCCUCCCGGUUCAGUGCGCAGUUCCCUCUGAUGAAGAAGAAGGAUCUAGGCGUCCCCCUUUCGCGCGUUGAUUAACACGACAGCUAACAAACCACCACUGACCACUAAGACACCCAGUCAUGGCUGCCGAACCUAAUUAUCGCCGGACAAAACCUGGUGUUAGGACAGCUAACCUUGCUAGUUCAAAUGGAGCUGGGCCCUCAUCACAGAUUCCGGGAUUAUCUGCAUCUGCCGACAUCACUCCUGAAGAAAAGACUAAAGGAAGACGUGUAGGAAUUCAGGCCUCUGACUCGGAUUAUGUUAAACUAGCAAAACAAGGAGGACAGAAGGGUUUGCUGAGGCAUGAUGACCCUGUAGAAACAAAAUCUGACAUUUCCUACAAACCCGCUAGUUGGUUCUCUGACACAGCUGAUGAUCAAGAGAGUGGAAGUAAUGGAACUACCCCUGAUGGAAUCAGCAAGUCCAAAGGGGUCUUACAACACCUGGAGCCCCCAUUUGGAACUGAUAAUUGUUCAGCCUGGGAUUCUGGUAAAAAGGACGUCAGCCAUGCCACAUCGGAGAUGCAGAAACUCUCCCUAAGCCAAAACGAGAUUGCAGAAGCCAACAGGUUCAAGAAGAUCAGUUCCCAUGAUAAGAAGGCGGUAGCUCCAGUGAACAUGUCCAAACUUUUAGGUUUUGGUUAUGCUGAGGAAGAGGAUAAAUCUCUCGAUGAUGAUGCUUCAAGCAUCACCUCUGAGCAGACCAGCACCACUGCACCAGAGGAUGAACUGGAAUAAAGAUAAAGAUAAAACCCUUCUUCAAGAAUUGUUGUUCUCUCGUAAUCACUAGCUCCUCUGCAUCAAUCACCCGCUCUCUGCUUUAUGCAAAAACACUUAGUCGUAUGUUUGCAUCUUUAUCUAAAAGACUUGUUUGUGUUAUGCUCACAUGUCUAUGGUGCUUGUGAUCAGGAUAUCUGUACCCUUGAAGAAAGGGAUAUUUGUCAGUGGAUAUGACAAAAUAUGUAAGCUGCAAGCUGUUAUUACACGCUCCAUGGCUGUUUCAUACAGUUAGUAUCUGGUUUGAACACUUAUGAGUGUUCUUAUGGUCCAGUAGUUAGCUAGUUGAGCACACAAAAAGGUAACCUUAAAAUAAAUGACGCAGAUGCCAUUGGUAGGGAUUUGAGAACAGGAAGGGGGUUCAGGGAGUUUGCGAUUGUGAAUGUCUGUUAAGUAUUGAUGUGAUAGUAAAUAAUAAUCACAGAAGCAGUUGUUUUGGUGUUCUGUGCUGUUUAAUUUUAAUAUUUUUUCCUUCUGAGAACAAUGUUUACACUUGCUGUCAGUUAAUAUCAGUAAAUGAUGACUGAAUAAAUUUGCAUGUGCAUAAAAUA